AUGAAGCCAUCUAAACUGCAAGAUUAUCUGAGAAGAUGCCACCCUGAUAAAACAGAGAAAGAUUUGAAAUACUUUCAAACACUCAAAGAUGAAUUUCAGAAGAGACCUACACUGCACAGAAUGUUCGCUUCGACGUCACAAAGAAAUGAUGAUGGUUUGCGGGCGUCUUACAAUAUCUCGUUACUUAUAGCAAAAUCCGGAAAACCGCAUACUAUCGGAGUGAAGAUAAUUUUGCCAGCCGUUGAAGAGGUUUUAAAAACUGUUUUACACAAACCUGCAUCUGAUAUCUUUAAAAGAAUUCCCUUAAGCAACAAUACUGUUGAAAGACAUAUUGAUGAAAUGAGUUCUGAUAUUGAAAGCUUCUUAUGUAAUUAUUUGCAAACGACCCAUUCCUCUAUACAACUGGACGAGUCCACUUUACCUGAUAAUGCAGCAUUGUUAUUGGCAUAUGUUCGUUUUAUUAUGAAUCAAGAAAUCUACGAAGAACUGCUCUUCGCAAGAACUUUGAUAACCGACACUGAAGGUGAAUCAAUAUUUCAUGUUUUGAAGGAUUACUUCAUUGAAAAAGCAAUUCCUUUAUCAAAUAUAACAUCAGUAGCUACAGAUGGAGCACCUGCCAUGGUUGGACGUUAUCGUGGAUUUAUAAGCUAUUUAAAACAAAAUGUGUGUUAG